GGAGAAGGACGUGGCUUCGCGCGUCUCCGGCCCCGAGCGAGAGGUUGCCGCUGUUUGUCGUCAGCGCAUAUCUUUGCUCGAUAAAAAAAGAAAACAAAACAAUAUUUGACUUUUAAUUUACUGUUGUUUGUCAUAUAAAAGAGGAAUACCGUGUUAGAUAUUUCUUCUCUUAGUCAUUUUUAAACGAAUCAUAAAAAACUGACGAUGGAUUAAAUUGGAAAGGUGAGAAGAAUUUACCUGGCUUCCUGGUAAGAGUAUAAACAAUACCGGUUUUUGAAGAUUUCAAAACCCGAAAUAUCUCUGCGUGACUGCAACAGGAAUCUCAAGAGACGCCUGGCCAUGAAGGGAUAUCUGGCCAGACUCACUAUCGUCGCUUCGCUUCACCUGGUCUCAGCGAAUUACCAGCAAGAACCCGAGGAGGUGGUGUUCGACUGGUCCUCCUGGUGGAGCUACGACGGGAUCUCCGGCCCUGGCUUCUGGGGCAUCAUCAACCGGCGCUGGAGGCUCUGCAGCGACGGCAGGAGGCAGUCGCCCGUCGACCUCGCCACCGCCGCCGUCGUCUACGAUCACACCUUGUCUCAGCUCGACCUCGCUUCUCAUAAGACGAGGGAAAACCCCUCUCAAACCCACGGGUUUUGGCUCCUGGACAGCCAACGCGGCAGAGGGGGGGAGGUAAGGGGCGGCCCACUGCACUACGCCCACACCCUCACCCACGCCGUACUCAGGUGGUCCAACGCCUCGCCGGCCACGCCCACGGUCGGCUCGGAGCACAGCAUCGAGGGCCAGUUCUUCCCGGCGGAGAUUCAGCUUUACUUCUACAACAGCGACUUGUAUCAGAAUUUUAGCCAAGCCCUUGACAAGCCCAAUGGCGUUCUGGGCGUUUCCGUUCUGCUGAAGGUCGGCUGGCGCCCUAACCCCGUGCUGAAGAUCUGGAUGGAUCACAUACACAUGGUUCCACACAGAGGGAAAUCCACCAAGAUCCACUUCGUCCCAGUGAGAGAACUCUUCACGUCAGACAUGUACCUGUCCUAUGACGGAUCGCUCACCGAGCCCCCCUGCGAGGAGACGGUCACCUGGGUCGUCCUCAACAAGCCAGGUUACAUAACGGCGGACCAGUUAUGGCAACUUCAGUCCUUACGUCGCGGGACGCACGGGCAAGCUCUUCCAAUAACGGGGAACUUCAGGCCAAUUCAGCCCUUGCACAAGAGGGCUAUAAGAACUAAUAUUCCUCCUUACACGCUGAAAUGUUCUGCGCUCAACAGGACCAAUCUUUAUCAAGCCGCUGACUACCUUGGCACGUGACGAAAACUGGGCGCGAAACACAUACCCCCGCCCGCAUUAAGCCGCCCACCGCCUCCCGCCCGCAGUGUCCUCGCUUUGCCCCCCGCCCCCGCCCCCGCCCCCCUCCGCCGCUCUAGUCUGCCGAGAAGCCGAGGUUGACGCGUAAGUUUCUUCGAGAGUCUGGAGGUUCGAGUCAUCGUCUGAAGAGAGAAAAAAUAUGUGUUUCUCUGUAUAUAUGUAUGUUUAUAUGUAUAUAUAUAAAUAUAUGUAUAUAUGUAUAUGUAUAC